AUGCUGGUAGAAGACGAUUUCCCCGUCUGUCCAGGUGGGUGGGGAGCGAUCGAGACGGUGGUGAACAAGCUGGAGAGGAGUCGAAGGAGGGGGGUGGUAAGGUCUGGGUUUGUGGGGACCGGAGGCAGCGGUCUAAUCAUACACCACACAUACCUCCCCCUCCUCAUCCGGAUCCUACGCGAUCAUUCCGCUCUGGAUACCCCCUUCCCAUCCCACGUUCAUCGGUUCGCACCGGACCAGAUCGUCCAAUCUUGCCUGAUCGGGGCUCCUGGGUCGAUGUGCGAACGCCGAGCUCGGUACUCCAACCACAACAACCUACACCCCCAUGUCGACUCUGAAUCUGACGCCGAUGAUGAUGAGGAUGGAGAGGAGACGGGGAUGAUCAUCACCAGCCGACUCGUGCUCGAUCAUAUCGGUGGGAUGGCGACGACGACCGAGGGCAAGAGGUUGAAUUCGGAUAGAUGGAGGUGUGGAUGGAGGCAUCCGUUCCACGGGUUCGACGGGGUCGAGGUGGUCGUCGUCGAUUAG